AUGAAAAUUGUCCAUUUUGCUCAUGGUUUGCUACAGUCAAAAUUCGAGGCCCUUAAACGCAGUCAUGCGGAGGAGAAGAAAAAGUUGGAGGAUAAAAAGAGAGUUUUGGAGGAAGAAAUGGCCGCUUUCGAACGUCGAAAACAGUGGGCUGAACAGGCAAAAAUGGGCAACACAUUUAAAAAGAAAAAAUGA